AUGGACAGUAAUUGGGUGUUUAUUAGUUCACCAUCACCACCAUCGUCGUCAUCGCUCUCAUCGUCAAAGAAAAAAGAUCAAAAACCAGUCAUCAAGAGUGUUGAUAUGACAGAGGACAUGCAAGAUCGAGCACUCGACCUCGGCGUGGAUGCCAUGGAAAGAUUCCAAACUGAGAAAGAUCGCGCCGCCCACAUCAAGAAGACCUUCGACCUCGAGUUCGACACCACGUGGCACGUCAUCGUCGGCAAGCAUUUCGCAAGUUUCGUCACGCACGAAGCAAAGUGUUUCAUCUACUUCUACAUCGGUCCUAUGGCUUUUUUGCUUUGGAAGUCGGGUUAA